AUGGGUGUCGACGUUUCGGAGGUCUUAGAUGCUUCGCGCCCAAGACAGCUGUCUUACUACCUUGUCACUCUCCUCAUUGCCCCCUUUCGUCUCGUCCCUCCGCUGUCUUGGGCCUACGUCGCAUAUAGAAUCCACACCGGAAGCGUUCAAUCUCUAGAGUGGAAGGGCAGGCUCUUGUUUGCAGUGUGCGUCUCUGAGGUUAGUGUUCUGUCCUUCCCUCUUCGGGCUUUCGCCAACCCCCUGCAGGUCCUAUUCAGUAUAUAUCACUACUACUUAUACUGCUUCAUCUCGGCCCCGUGGAAGCACGGGUCAGGCAACAUCUCGCAGCUCCAGAUUGCCUUCGAACGUGUCUUGAAAGCGGGUCUUGCUAGUGUCGACGGUGGAUCAAUCCGACGCCCAGGCAGCCCCGCUGAACCCAUAACCCAGCUGGAAUCCGACGACCCACGUGCGAUCGAUUUCCGCGACUCUCUUCGUACUUGGUUUGGGCGCGUGCCUUGGUCGCAUGUUCGGAAACUGCAGGUGCAGCAAUGGGUCUACUGGUCCAUCUUCAAUAAAGAUCUACCGCCAGAACGCGAGAUGCCGGCCGCCCACCGCGCCGUAUUAGACGACACUCUCCAGUUGCUAGAAAUGCGACUUGGCAUGAAAAUUCCGGAUGGAUCAAACCCUGCUGCUUCGCCUAUGCGUCUGACGAUUGAUCGAGUGGAAGUAUGCGGACGGCCCUUCUUCUUCUACGUUAUUGUCGGAUUGAUCAACCGCUAUCUUUCCUUUUGGUAUGGGCGUUACUGGAAGCUGCGUCGUGGCAACUAUAAUGGAUUAGAAUAUCUUCUCUAUGUCCCUGAGGGCUGGACGGUCGAUGCAGGACCAUCUCCCAUCGUCUUUCUCCACGGCCUGGGUCUAGGUCUCUUGCAGUACUAUCCAAUGACCAAAAAGUUGUACCGCGGAUUCUCCGAUCGGCCACUCUUGAUACCCAUCCAGCCUCACAUCUCCCAAGAUAUCUUCCAUCCCCAGUAUCUAAAUCCUCUAUGUCGCCAAGACUUUGCCGAUCUUUUAGCUGGUCUUGUCGACGCGCUCGGGUGGGUUGACAGAGACCCAGACGACUUGUGCAAAGAAGCCUCUCCGACAACUGGCGUGACCAUGCUUAGCCAUUCCAAUGGGUCAUAUCCCCAUGCUUGGUGCUUGAAGCAGCACCCCGAGAUAGUCUCCCGUUCUUGCUUUGUUGAUCCUGUCGUCUUUGGUUCUUGGGAAGGCGAUGUCUGCUACCGCUUUCUCUACCGAUCUGCGACGACGGGCUUCGAACUUUUCAUCCGAUACUUCGUUGGAACCGAACUGGGUGUAUCGAAUCUCCUGCGGAGGAACUUCGAUUGGUCUUCCAACUCGUUGUGGGCAGAGGAAAUACAGGUAUCGAUGAACCCUCUUCAACCCUCUUCUUACUGGGAGGAAAGGAUGCCAUCCUCAAUGCCAAGGUCUGAUCUCGGUGUAAUUAUUCGAUGUGUCUGCUCUGACCAGAUUUUGCAGCGAGUCGAAAAGUACUUGACUUCGCAUGGGGUCAAGGAAGGCCUGUGGCAUGACCCGGAGGGGCAACAUGGCCAGGCGCUUCUCACCGGAAGUCCUGGACUGAAACGGAUCAUGCAGUGGCUUCAAGACGAACCAGUCCGCUCGCGUCGUGGGGACUCAUCUCUGACAUUUAUACCAUAG